CUGUGCUGAUUGCUAUGGGGAGGUGAAAGAGCACUGUUUCCUUGUAAAAGACACUGUGGCUGUGUACUUCCAACAUGGCCUUGCAGCUUCGUUGUUUAUUUGCUUUGCCUGUCCUUAGGGCUCUCAGGAGCGAGCAGAAAGUUUACAUUUCAGCCACAUGUCUAUCAACAGCUGUAAAUCUGAGAUAUUAUCCAAUGACUGAAGUAGCAGCAAGAAGAAAAAUAAGAAUGUAUUCUACAUCACAGUCAGUGGAUCCUAUGGAAAUGAAGAAAUUCCAGACUUGGUCCAUGAAGUGGUGGGAUGAGGAAGGGGUUUAUUCUGCUCUCCAUGCUAUGAAUGAUGUCCGUGUGCCCUUCAUACGGGACAUUCUAAUGAGCAAGAAUUAUAAUCCUGAUGCCGGGUGUCCUUUAUCAGGUGUGAGACUUCUAGAUGUUGGCUGUGGUGGAGGGCUGCUCUCUGAGCCAUUAGGUAGACUAGGAGCAACCGUGACUGGAGUUGAUCCUCUGGAGGACAAUAUAAAAAUAGCAAGCCAGCAUAAGUCUUUUGAUCCAGUCCUUGACAAAAUGGUUCAGUACAAAGCAUGCUCACUAGAGGAACUCGUAGAGGCAGCUGUGGGAAGCUUUGAUGCAGUUGUGGCAUCAGAAGUUUUAGAGCAUGUCAUUGAUGUGGAAUCUUUUAUUCAAAGUUGCUAUGAAGUUUUAAAGCCAGGUGGUUCCCUUUUUAUUACCACAAUCAACAAAACCAAGGUCUCCUAUGCUCUAGGAAUUGUAUUUGCUGAGAAAAUAAUGGGUAUUGUUCCAGAGGGCACUCACGACUGGGAGAAGUUUAUCCCUCCUGAGGAACUAGAGCGACUGCUUGAAUCAAAUGGCUUUGUGGUAGACACACUGAGGGGAAUGCUGUUCAACCCACUGUCAGGCAACUGGAGCUGGAUUGGUGACACAAGCAUAAACUAUGCAUUGCAUGCGGUGAAGGCCGGGGCUGAGGAGCAGGCUCCAGAUAUGGGGUCACAUGAUGACAAGGAGCAGCCUCACUCUGCAGAAUCUUCUGUGUGAACAAGUCUGAUGAUGAUCCCUGCAUAGUGAAGUGUGAAGGGCUGUUGUGCACGUGCCAGCAGAGACUAUCCUGCCUCCAUAUUGGAGUUUCCCGUUUGUUGAAUUCCUAAUAGUGAUCAUCACUUUCACUGAGGAAAGGUGCAUAUUUGUUCAUUUUGUCACAGUCAAGUUAGAUUUUACAAUAAAGAUCUAGUAAUUAGUGUGAGAACAAAUCUGCAUUAUUAAAGAGGCAGUAAACGCAUUGUAAUUACAAGACAUUUCUGUUGUAUUGCUGUAGAAUAACUUAUCAGCCCAGUCUAAAACAUUUUAAAAGAAAUUAACCUUUUCUUUGCUGGAAUAUUUUCAAUAGGUAAAUUCUACCCACCGCUUGCCUUAUUUGAAAACAAUCUGGGCUUCAGUAUGCAGACAAGGCUAGCCAUGGUAAUAAUGUAGUAUAAAGUGGAUUUUUUUGCAGUUCUCAUCAGUUAAAGCCACUUAGGGAAAGAUAUGUAGCAGAGCUAAAUUAAAUGAAAAGGGGACAAAAUAAAUAAUGAAAGAAUAUUGAAAAGCUAUUUUGCUAGGAUUGACUAAACAUUUUUAAAGAAAAACCUCAUGGUGUUUACUGUCCCUUUUUAAUAGUAGUGCCACUAAAUGGUUCACCAAAGCUAGUUAUAGGAACUUUUAUAUAUAUAUAUAGGGAGUGUCCACCCUUCCCCUAAAAGCUUUUAAUUAUUUUAACCUAUUUACUGGCCUCUGGUAUGUUUUAUUUGCAAACAUCUCUAACACCAGAAAAAAGUGUGCAGGAGAAUGAUUCAAACAACCCAUUCCAAAUAUAUAGUUUAAGUAGAAAUAUAUUUCCAGAUUUAAAAUAGUUCUCUUUUGCAUAUUAUGCAAAGUGCCUAUUGCUGCCAUUUUGUAAAAUCCAAAAGAUAAUAGAAUAGAUAUUCAGGUGUAACACAGAGUGUUCCAUCUAAUGUAAAAAUACUUGACUUGUGCAAUAUACAUGUAAGGUUAAAUGACGGUGUGACGUUACACUGUUGCUGUGAAAUAUAUGUAGUAUGUCAUACAUCUUGGGAAUUAAGACAAAAUAUGUCACCCGAAUUAUAUAUGUAUAUGAUAUCGCUUGGUAAAGGGCCACAUUGGUUUAUUUUUAAAUUGUAUGUGGUGCCGGGUAAAGACCAUAAAAAGGUAAUGUUCAUCUUAUACAUUAUUUAUUCAUACAUAUGUGAACUUGUUUUGUGUGUCAAUUUAUUUAUGCAUGUUUUUGUUCCCCAAAAAUUAAACAAUAUAUUCAGCAAAUUAA